AUGAAGAGGCAGAACGUGCGGACGCUGUCCCUGAUCGUCUGCACGUUCACCUAUCUGCUGGUCGGGGCCGCGGUGUUUGACGCGCUCGAGUCGGACUUCGAGAUGCGGGAGAAGGAGCAGCUGGAGGCGGAGGAGAAGCGCCUCCAGGGCAAGUACAACAUCAGUGAGGAUGACUAUAAAAAGCUGCAGACCAUCAUCAUGGAGGCCGAGCCGCACAGAGCAGGGGUCCAGUGGAAAUUUGCAGGCUCGUUUUACUUUGCCAUCACUGUCAUAACCACUAUAGGUUAUGGUCACGCAGCUCCAGGCACAGAUGCUGGGAAGGCCUUCUGCAUGUUUUACGCCGUGCUGGGGAUCCCGCUCACGCUGGUGAUGUUCCAGAGCCUCGGCGAGCGGAUGAACACCUUCGUCAAGUACUUGCUAAAGCGCAUCAAGAAGUGCUGCGGGAUGCGCAUCACAGAGGUGUCCAUGGAGAACAUGGUAACAGUGGGCUUCUUCUCUUGCAUGGGCACGCUCUGCAUCGGCGCUGCCGCAUUUUCCCAGUACGAGGACUGGAGCUUCUUCCAGUCCUAUUACUAUUGUUUCAUAACACUCACCACUAUUGGCUUCGGGGACUUCGUGGCCCUCCAGAAGAACAAAGCCCUGCAGAAAAAGCCUCUUUACGUGGCGUUCAGCUUCAUGUACAUCCUAGUGGGGCUGACGGUCAUCGGGGCCUUCCUCAAUCUGGUGGUGCUACGCUUCUUGACCAUGAACAGCGAGGACGAGCGACGGGAUGCUGAGGAGAGGGCGUCCCUGGCGGGGAACCGCAGUAGCAUGAUCAUCCACAUCCAAGAAGACACGCUUCAGAGGAGUCGGCGGAGGCGAGAACAGCAGCAGAACCGCUACCGUCCCGAAGUCACCGAUCUCCAGUCGGUUUGCUCCUGCAUGCACUACCACUCGCAUGAGUUCGGGAGCUCGGUCGGCCUCGGGUUGGGAUUGGGAGGAGGUGGCGGAGGUGCGUUUCCGCAGCAGAACUCAUUCGGCUCGCAGUUGAGCCCGCAUCCGUACCAUCACUACCACUCAACGGUGUCCUACCGCAUCGAGGAGAUCUCACCGAGCACCUUGAAAAACAGCUUCCUUCCUUCCCCGAUCAGCUCCAUCUCUCCUGGGCUGCACAGCUUCGCGGAAAACCUCCGGCUUAUGAGACGACGCAAGUCCAUCUGA